AUGGAAAUUCAUGCUCAAGUUACCACUGCAGUGAAAAAGAGUAUCACUUUUCUUAUUUUAUUUUUUUUCCUCUUUGACCAGUUUUCAGCUGUGGAGGUAGCAGGGAUGGUCACUCAAACUGAAAUGGAGGAACGGAUUCGCGUGUCUUUGGAACCGGAGUCGUGUGAUGUGGUUGUGUUAAGUGAGGAAGACCGGAAGUAUGGUGUGGUCAUUGUUUCCAGAAAGUUCAACGAUGUUCCACUGGUAAAAAGACACCGUAUGGUAAAUGACCUUUUUAAGGAUGAGUUGUUGUCCGGUGAAAUUCAUGCCUUAACAAUAACGGCGAAGCCAUUACCGUAG